ACCGGCAGCCAGCGAUGGGCGACACGGCUCCCCCCCAGGCCGCGGGGCUGGGGGCCGGGCUGCUGGGGGGGGGCCCGGCGGCGCCCCGGGUGCACAGCGCCAUCGUGGAGCGGCUGCGGGCCCGCAUCGCCGUCUGCCGCCAGCACCACCUCAGCUGCGAGGGGCGCUACGAGCGGGGCCGCGCCGAGAGCUCCGACCGCGAGCGGGAGAGCACCUUGCAGCUCCUCCACCUCGUGCAGCAGGGGCAGGGAGCCCGCAAGGCCGGCAAGCACCCCAAAGCGGCCGCCGCCGGCGGGUCGGCCGCCCCUGCCGCCGCCGCCGCGCCCCCGGACUAUCACCAGCACCUCCUCAGCAACGGCGGCAUCAACGGGGAGCAGCCGGCGGGGGAGCAGCGCGCCUCGGCCCUCCUGGCGCUUCAAGGCUCCUUGAAGAGAAAGCUGGUGGUAAAUCUGUCACCUGUCAAUAACAAGAGGCCCAAUGGUGUUUCAGAGAGUUCUUUCCUUGACAUCAAGAGGAUAAGAGUGGGCGAUAAUAUCUCAGUGGGACAAGGUGGACAACAUGUUAACAAUUGCCAAAGCCAGUCAAUGUCGGGAACUAUGUCUGUGGGGCAAGGAUCACAAAGAAAGGCCAGUAACCUACCAAACAAUGCACAUGGUAGUGGGAAUGGCAUGUUUAAUAUGACUUUGAAAGAGGUAAAGAAAGAGCCAGGAGAAACAAUGUCCUGCAGCAAACACUUAGAUGGCCAGACAUCCCAUGAGAACAUGUUCCCUAACAGAUACGGGGAAGAGUCGUGGGAACAAAUGAUGGAUCUGGAGCUUCAGGAACUGUUUAAUGAACUGACUAACAUAUCAGUGCCACCAAUGAGUGAUCUUGAGCUAGAGAAUAUGAUAAAUGCUACGAUAAAACAAGAUGAGCCAUUCAACAUUGACCUAGGGCAGCAGAACCAGAGGGGCCCUGUGAGAUCUCUGCAGAUGGAUAAGAUGGUGAUAAAGAGUGAAUAUGCACCAGGCAUGAAUCAGGCUCCUGUGGGCUCCCCACAGAUGAGGCCUUCUUCUACAGGUCCAGCCUUCACUAUGGCCACUUCUGCCAUGUCAACCUCUUCACCCAUCCCUUCAGUGCCUCAGAGUCAAACGCAGGUAUCACAGGUUUCUUCUGCAUCCAGUCGGCCAUUGCCUAACUGGCAAGAGGUGUCUCAUGCACAGCAGCUCAAGCAGAUUGCAGCCAACCGUCAGCAGCACGCCUUGAUUCAGCAGCAGCAGCAGCAGAGCCAGACGGCCAACUGGUCCACCUUGUCUCCAUCAGGACCUUCCCCUGGACCCUUUGUGCAAGAGAAAAUCCCCAGUCCUUCUUUUCGUCAGCAGCAGUUCAGCCCACAAAACUCAGCAGUGCUUGGGGUACCAGUGAAUGGAAACCAGACAAAAGGGAUGAACAGCUAUGUUUAUAAACCAACCACUCCCCAGAGCAAUCCCAUGGACAUAAUGAUGCAACAGAAGCCUCAGGACCUCAACAGAAACUUCAUCAACAGCGCUCAGCCACCACUAGAGCAGCAUCAUGGCAACACAAAGCCUUUGUUUCACUUUAACUCAGAGCAAACAAACCAGCAGAUGCCUUCAGUUUUGGGUUCUCAAAACAAGCCUGCCCUUCUGCACUACACACAGCAGGCACAGGGUUCAGCCCCUGUGCAACAACCACAGCAACAGCCACAACAGCCCCAGCCUCAACCUGCUCAGCCUCUCCCAAACCAGUCUCUUCAAAGGCCACUUAACGUACCUCUAGCAAUGCAGCAAAAAAUGAUGCUUCAGAAAAUGCAGCAAAGCCAGCAAAUCUCAGGUCUGCAGUAUCCAGUCUCUCAGCAGCAUAGACAGGAUCAACACUCUGUGGUAGGCCAGGGAGCUGGCCCCACUCCAAGCUCCAGUUCUUGCUCAAAUCCAAACACUGGAAGUGGUUACAUGAACUCAUCCCAGCAAUCAAUGUUGAAUCAGCAACUGAUGGAAAAGAAACAGGCUCUGCAACGGCAAAUGAUGGAGCAAAAACAACUCCUUCUACAGCAGCAGAUGUUGGCAGAAGCUGAGAAAAUCACUCCACAAGAUCAGCUGAACAGACACUUGACACGACCACCACCAGAUUACAAAGACCAAAGAAGGAACGUGGUCAACAUGCAACAAGCAAACCAAUAUCCUGGUGGUUCACCAGCUGUGAGUAUGAGCUCCAACAUGUCCUUAUCCAACCCAAUUUCAACACAUAGCAUCAUGCCUCAGAGCUCCAGCCUCUUGUCCACCCCUGCUGGGACCCGAAUGCCUUCUGUUCCUGCCGCUCGGAGUAUGGGCUGUUAUGGGAACCUUCCUUGCAACCAACCGAGCGCAUACAAUGUGACUUCAGGAAUCAGCCAGAUGCAGCCACACAGAAACCAAAAUCAAGUCCUGCCCAGUCAGAAUAACCCCAUGAUGUCUCGACAGCAAACCAUGACACAGGGAAACAGUGUAGCGGCUUUUGGGACAGGGUCGGUGGUCAAUUCACAGCAAGUAAGGCCCAGCUUGAACCAGGGAGCCACAGGAAUCCCCGCGCAAAGGCCGGCCAACGUGAUGAUCACGGCCACGGCCACUGCCCAGAACUGGGCCCCGCAAGAAGCUGCAGUGAAGCAGCAGGAUGCACUGAAACCCACCGGGGUCCGUGUCCCCACGGGCACCCCAUACCCAAACCAGUCUUUGCAACGCAAUGUAGGCAACCAGCAUUUUCCUCAGCGUGCAUUGGCACCUCCUCACCAGUUAACAGCUGGAGCCCAGAUGAGGCCUCCUCCAAACCAAAUGCACCAGACUCUAAAUGGACAAUCUGCUGGCUCACUACGAGGUCUCAGCAUAAGACCUAACCAGCUGAGAGGACAGACUGUGCCCACCUUGAAUCAACCAGGAACAAGUAUGACACCUCCAUCAUCUCUGCCAUCAACCAGUUUCACAUCUACCAACCAAAACCCUCGGGCUUACCCAGGAAGUGACCACAGUAGUGACCUAGCGUUUGACUUCCUGAACCAGCAAGGUGACAGUAUAGGACCCGCGCUCAACAGUGACUCAGACUUUAUAGAUUCUUUACUGAAAACAGAGCCUGGUAACGAUGACUGGAUGAAAGACAUCAACCUUGAUGAAAUUUUGGGGAGCCACUCUUAAGUGACAGUACCAAGGGUGAACCAGAAGAAGAGACAGUAAGGACAUUAGUUCUCUUGAGAUGCCAACAAACUUAUUAAUGUACACUCCAGUAACUGGGCUGUCUAUUAAAGUACUACAUAGGGCAACUGCCCUGUUUGAAGAGUUCUAGGAACAAAACUGAAGUCUCUCAUGACAAAACAAUAACGUGAGUGACAUUCAUGCCUGCCACAAAGGAGUGAGAACAUAUGAAGGGUCUGUUCCCCACACCAGUGCUCAGCUCAUAAAAAAGCCGAUCAGUUAUUCUCACAGGGGCUGUGUGGAAAAACGUGUUUAGCUUCCUACACACAUAAGCACCAGACAGUGGUAUGGGUUGUAUAACAACAUUUCUCUGAGUGCAAGUAAGAGCCCAAGCAGUCCAGAGUUCUUCAGUCACCGUGCUUGCAGCCCUUAACUUCCUUGGGACUAUUUGGCCCUGACAGCAUCAGGCCGUGUGUAAAUCUCAUUGCGUUACAAAAACUGUUUACUUCUACACAGAACUCACAUUUGCUUUCCCAAUGACUUUGGUGUAAACCCCCUAUAUUUUGUAGCACACAAAAGGGUAAGUGGUCUCAUCCAAGGGAAGAAGGAAACAGACCAUGCAGUGUGUUACUCAGUGUGCUCUGGUGUUCAUUUUCUCCCUUUCAUCAGUGUUUGCAGCGAGUAUCAGAGGAGGCUACUGUCCUGCCAGCAGCACAAUCAUUUUGGGCAUUGAGGGAAACUUGAGAUGAACUACACCAAAGCUCAGGAACCUCACUUUGCCACCUUGCCCUGCUCCAGGGCCUCCAGUGACUUAAUGGACAACUUAAGUGAAAAAGGUGCUCGUGAUUUGACCCUCACUGACUACUUCCCUAGUCCAGGUUAGAGAAGGGCAAAUGUCUUAGCUAAACCACAAACCCUGUUUUAAUCUUAACCUGUGGCAAAGGGUCAGGUAGCUCAGCGCACUCCUACUGAACAGGUUUAACCCAGCAGAAAUGCCAGCAUCGCUGUCUGGGGAGAGGCUACCAUUUUGAUUGCAGGGCAUUUUGCCUCCAUCCUGCUUUGCCAUGCAGGAGCAGCUGAAAGAGGUCCGGUGAUGACCCAGGCCCCCACAGCCUCCGUCAGGCAGAGUAUGAGAGGCUCUGCCCUUGGAAGUAGCAUGCAGAUCAGUUAUAACCACCUGGGUUACUCACAGUAGGAGGCUCCACUCAAGCCACAUCUGUGCUUGUAAGUGAAACAGUUUUUCAGAAUACUUCUGGGCACUGGAAUCAGUCAUGUGUUCUUGCCCUCAGUGCCAGGGAAUAGUCCUGACUUUGUUAAAUUUUCUCCUAUAGAUGGUCAGCAAGGGCAUCAGAAGGAGGUGUUGUGUUGCUGUAAAGCACCUCUGCAGCGAGUCAGACAGGAGGAUUUGUAAACGGGAAUGGACCUUGUGAUUCAAAUGAAAAUGCUGUUCUUUAAAAUGAUGUGGUAAGGUGUGUUUUGCAGCCUCCUCUGAAUAAGCUAGAACUAGAUGUGGCAAAGGAGCACAGUGCCUAGGUUCACCUGCCUCUGUGCCAAGAGGCCUUGCUCUGCCCCAUGCAAGUGCUUUAUUCAUCCUUGUUAGUAGCAGUGGGAUGAGUAGACUACUUGACAAUAGCCUCUGCACUUACCUGUUUCUCAAGAGAGGUUUUAAUAAGGCUUUUCCUGUCAUUUCACACUGUCAUUUUCUGUGGGCACAAUUUUUCAUGAUAUUUCAGGAAGCUUUGUCACACAAAAGAGCACCAGCACCUCCAGGAAAGGUGUAAUGUGGGCAUUUAGCUAGAUAUGCCAGUUGAGGUGGACUGUUCAUUCCCAGACAUGUUUUUCAUAAGAGGGACAAGAAAGCUUGCUGAAGAGUCCUUUCUGCUGCUCCAGCUAGUGAUCAUUGCACACCCCUGCAUUGUGUAACAUGGUGGCUCAGCUGCUCAGAAAGCUCUCUUUUCUCCCCAGUUUUGGCUGGGGUGCAUGCACUCCCUUUGAUAUGCCAGUAUAAAUUUUUCCAAGUCUUUAAAGAGCUUUUCAGCCUAGGUCACUGGUGGCCCCAUCUAAGUUUGGAGAGAUACAGAUGUGGUCUAACAAAUGAGUCCCCUAUAAAUUGUGCAAAACUGCAUUGAAAUAGUAGCUGCAGGAGUGUAAAGUGGAGGGAAGAUGGGCUCAUCUGCCUCACAUAUGGGCACACACCCCAUCCAUGAGCAGGUCAGCAGUGACUGCCAAAGCUCUGGAAGGAGGAGAAAACUGCAAUGCCACCAAGGCUGAGGCUGAGUUAGUAUCACCAUGACCAAUGGGCACUGAAGUCUGGUAGUAUCAACUACCCUCACAUGCCAAUGAAAAAGUCCACAUUGGUUUUCAUAUUAAGGUCAGGUUGUUUUCCAGAUCCUCAAAUCAUGUUGAAAAAUUGUUCAGCUGAGGAGCUGGUCCCAAGACUUCAGGAUAUCAUCUGGCAGUGGAUUUUAUCCUGCUUUGUCCCAUUGGCCUCAGCCUGGAGAGGAGAAGACACUGGGCUGUGGGUGCCAUCCCCAGAAUCAAAGUUUCAUCCUGUCUUGAGUAAAUUCAGCAAAACUAGAGGCCAUUUGCAGUCCUGUAAGGAAAUAUCUGAUGCAGUUGAAACACGACCUUAUGAAAAACUCUUGCAACCAAAACUUGAAUCCAGUAUCAUUUCUUCAGAACGUAAGUAGUUGAAUGGAGCUAGUGUCUUUUUUCUCUUUCUUUGCAAUGGCUAAGUGCACUACCCUUAUAGUCUAUUUUUCAUCAUUGACCAGGCACUCUUCACAGUAUUGGGUUGUAAAUAUAAAGAAUUAUUUGUUUUGUAAACUUUUGUAAAAAAAAACCAAACAAACAAAAAACAAAAAGUAAUAUUUUGGUAGGAAAAAUUAAAAAAUCAUAUUAUUUGGGUUAUAUUUAUACAUAUGUGAAAUAAAUAUACUAUCAGAAAGUUGUAUUUUAUACAAAAAGUCAACGGUUACCUUUUGUAUUCUAUAUGCAAAGUUUUGUAUGAUACGAUUGUUUAUUUUUAUCUGCAGACUUCAACUUUGGAUUUUGGGGGAGGGCAGAAUGGGAUCAUGGUUAAAUAGCUGGGCCUGACCCCAAGCUCACUGAAACCAAUGGAGUCUUUCCAUUGCCUUCACAGGGCUUUGAAUCAAGCCUUUAAAUCACUUUCAGAUAUGUUUGACAUCUGAAGCUCUCUGGAAACCUCAACAUGAAAACAUUCCAGGUUUCAAAUAUUUUCCCUGAAAAAGGCUUUUAUUAUUAUUAUUAUUGUUAUUAUUAUUAUUAUUGUAACUCUUGGGAGGCAGGUGGGACCUAUGUAACUGUCAUGUCCUUGUUGCAUGUAUGUCUGCUUUAUAUUUUCCCCAUAUUAUAAACCAGUGUUUCUCUAUACAGACUGAAAGGAAAAGUUGCUGUACAGAAAUGUUUGUGUUUAUGCCUUUUUACAUGUGGCUGUAUAUACCUCCUAGUACUAUGCAGUGACACUUAUUUGACUCCAUUUAUUUUUCACCUAAACAUGAAUAGUAUGUUUUUCAGUAGCUAUCAAAACUCUGCCAAGUAAAUCAAUCAAAAUUA